CCGCCGUCGUGUUGUCGUUCAUGAUGUUGAUGUUUUGAUUCAGUUGGAGAGGAGUGACUGUCUAUUUGCACAGAGGAUAUUUUCCUGUUAUAUUUCUCACGCUGCAGUUUACCAUUAAAACAGCUUGUUGAAAGAUGUCUGAAAGCUCCAGCGACACUGAAUCUUCCUGUGGAUGGACUGUCAUUAGUAAUGAGGGUUCAGAUAUUGAGACGCUGGGACCUGAUAAUGUUGGAGACUGUGAUGGAGAGGUUAGCCUUACUCCGGAUAUACCAGCCGCAGAAUGUGAAGAGGAAAGUCUGGUUGAGUCUUCUCUGGAACUCACCUUGAGAGCGGAGGUGACUUCGGUGGUGGAACCCGCCAGAGAGACAGGAGAGGAUGUUGCUCGAGAAGACCAUACGAUUCUUUGCUCCUCCAGUGAGAACUCUGACAUCAUUACUCUGGGGGACACUCGGGAGGCAGAUAUUGACACAUGGGUGGAGCCUGUUGCUAAGGAGACGGAGGAAACAGGAAGUGAAGAGCUCUAUCUUGGAUCUUCAUCAAGCAGCCACUAUACCUUCAGAGAGGUAGAGACAAUUUUUCCAGUGGAUCAGCCUGUGCAGAGAGACUCCAGUAACAGCAGCAGCGAGGAAGAUGAUGAUGAGAUGAAGAGCAGUCCUGUGGUGAGGAGACGUAGAGUGAGGUGGAGCACGAAUGGCUUGGAGCCCGGGGACUCGCAUGAGCCACAGAGGAGACAGGAGGUCCUUGAAGAGAUUCAAGCCCCCCAUCAAGGCCAGAUCAGCGGCACUCUGAACAAAUGCAUCCUUCUUGCACUGCUCAUUGCCAUCAGUAUGGGAUUUGGACACUUCUAUGGCACAGUACAGAUUCAGGAAAGGCAGAGGAUUGUGGAAAAGAGUCGUGUGAAUGAGCUGGAGACACCGUGUAAGAGAGAGAUGGAUAUUGUCAGUAAGGAAGUGGUUGAGAAUCUAAAGGAAGAUCUAGAGGAAAAGCAGGAUAUGGUGCUGUCCCUCACAAGCAUUAUGGAUAAAAUAACUAAAGAAAACCAGCAUCUCCGAUUUAAACAGGAAGAGCUACAGGCACAAAGACAAAAUUUAUAUAACCAACUGUCACAAGCCAAGAGCGAGAUGGGGUCUCGGCAGAAGGAUUUGACCAUGGAAAACCAGCACCUUAAAAUCACUCUCGAGAAAGAGGAGGCGUCCCUCUCGGCCUUACAGGAGGAACUGAGGUACCUACGUGGACAGAUUCGAGAGUUAGAGGAGAGAGGAGCUGGAACAGACUCGAUCUUGUCCGAAAACCAACGUUUGAAGGGCCACUUGCAAGAGGAGAAGCAGAAAGUGCGUAGCUUCAUCAGCCAAAGGGAGGCGCUCAUGAGCGAGGCUCAGGUCCUACGGAAGGAGCUCGAUAAAGAACGAAAGGUUACAGACAAGCUGAAAGAGGACCUUGAGGAAAUGAGUCAGAAAGAGGAAGACAUGGAGGGAAAGACUGAUCCAGAGACCAAAGAACUCCAGGCUCGUCUUCUGGAGCUCGAGAACAAGUUGCGAUUUGAGCAGCAACGCUCAGAUCUUUGGGAGAGACUCUACGUAGAGUCAAAGGAGAAGAAAGCAAAAGGUGAUCAGGAUGUAAAGACCAAGAUUCCGAAGGAUGGGAUGAUGGGAAAGGUGAAGGAAACUUUUGAUGCUGUUAAGAAUUCCACAAAAGAGUUUGUGCACCAUCACAAGGAGCAGAUCAAGAAGGCCAAAGAAGCAGUAAAGGAAAAUCUCAGGAAGUUUUCAGACUCUGUUAAAUCCACGUUCAGACACUUUAAAUACUCCGCCUCCAAUGUUUUCAAUAGGGGUGACGAAAAGAGGUUCCAAGAGAGGAAGGACGCCAAACCUCAAAGUCAGACAUUUCAGCAAGAUGGGUUUAAAGAACAGGGCAACAAACGUGGAGAAGACAUCCAUUGGCAGCCUCAAAAACCUUUACAUCGACACCCUCGCAAAUCAACCAUCGACUCUUUUCACGGCGAUAGCAACACACGCAAACCCGGCACUCAGAAAGAUCAAAGUCAGAAAAUGCCCCCCAAAGGGUGUUCAGGUGUUUUUGAUUGUGCUUAUCAGGAGUCUAUGAGUCUGUUCAAUAAGGCAAUGGACCCCAUCCGUGCGGAUGAGUUUAACGAACUCUUGCGAAGCUAUCUUCAGAAAGAGGUCGGCUAUUUCCGCCACUGGAGGGAGCUAGAGAGCUUCAUCAAUAAUUUCUUCCAUAAUGGCGUCUUUAUACACGACCAGAUGCUAUUUACCGACUUUGUUAGUAGUGUUGAGGAUUAUCUUGAGGAAAUGGAUGAAUAUCACAGUCUUGACGAUGACGUAUUCGAAGAUCUGGAUGACUACAUCUACAGGCACAUAUUUGGCGAUACGUACUUAAAAUAUUUUGGGCCGAGUCGACCCUUUGAAGGGCCGGGGUCAAAGGGCAAGCCAUGGCGUCAUUGUCUGCGGCAAAAGAGGAAGCACCAGCAGCCACGCCCUCGGCCUCAAAGAGCCAAGAAAUGGAGCCAAUCAGGACGCUAUCCCAACCAACAGUUUGCUGAUGUCAAAAUAGAGCUUGGCCCUAUGCCCUUUGAUCCAAAAUACUAGAAGAAACAUUAAAUUUGUUCUUAAUGUUGUUUGAAUUUUUGGAGAUGGUUGAUGAAAUCUUUAGGUUCACAUUUUCUGUGAAAUUUGCACAUUGUAAUUGUUCUAAUGCUGGUUAAAUGAUUCUUUAUGUACUUGCUCUCUUUCUGCACUAUGGUGACUGCAAAGUCUUCGUAUUUAAACUGCAAUUUUCUUGUAGCAAUUUAUAAUUAAUUAUAGGUCAUUUUUGAGGAAGAUUUAUUUUUAUUUUCUUCCCUGAGCAUGUUGAAAAAGUUGAUGAUUUAUAAGUAUUUGAAAUGGCUAUGAAUGAAUAACAAGUGGGACAUACUCCUUUGAUUUGGAUUAUUAACUAAAGCACUUUGUAUGGAUGCGUUUUACAAAAAAAUUGGUUUCUAAACAAAACAAAAAAAUCUGUCAUUGAGGACAUAAACAAGUUUUAGUUGUUAGGACCAAAUAAAAAAAUUAGAAAUUAUAUUUUGUAAUAGUGUGUCAGAAGUUCAGUAGAUUUAGGAUGAAAAUUAAAACAUUGCUCUUGGUUAUAAGGUUAUGUUUUAGAUUGAUUUGGUUUGACUGGUCAUAAAUCGGCUGCUAUAUGUCACCACUGUUUUAUUUGUGAAUGCAGAUCAGUAGGGACUAUUUAUUUUUGUGUUGAAUUGGCAGUUGUUAGUGCAAUAAUUUCCUCCAUUUUGUUUUAUUUUUCCUGUGUGAUCCUUAAAACAUACCUGAAUAACAUACCUGUAAGAGCUUGUUUGGAAAUGACUUAUAAGACACACACUUUAUCUACUUUAAUGUAAUUUUAAACAAAUGCACUUAAACUGUUGCACAUAAAUCUAGAAUAAAAGUCUUUCAUUGCUUCAUAAAAUAUUGUCCUCCAUUGA